AUGUGCGACACGCCAACCUCCUGUGGUGCCAACGGCCAGUGCACCAUGGUCGCCCAUCAGCCGGUGUGCACCUGUCCGGCUGGCUUCAGCGGCGACCCGAAGUUGGGCUGCAAUCGUCUGAUGCGAAUGUGCCUCUCACCCGUGGACUGUCCUGAUCACCACAUCUGCAUCGAUGGUCGCUGCAAGCCAGAGUGCUCUUUCGACAAGGACUGCGCCAUCGGAGAGAAGUGCUUCAGUGGCCACUGCGUGCUGCUCUGCCGAGCCGACAAGGAGUGUCAGGGACAUGAAAUCUGCAACAACAACCGCUGCCAGAGUGGCUGCCGAAGUAAUGCGCAGUGUGCGGAGCACCUCGUCUGCACGCGCAGUCAGUGCAUCAACCCGUGCGAGGGCAGUGCCGCCUGUGGCCCGAACGCCCAGUGUUCCGUGCUCAACCACCGCAUCACCUGCAGCUGUCCGCACACCUUCGUCGGCCGACCGACGGCCAAUGUGGGCUGCAUGCGCGAGUCAAUCAGCUGCACGGCCAACACCGACUGUCAACAUUCGAGUGGCCUGUACUGUACAAACAACCGCUGUCGUCAGGCGUGCUCCGCCAGCAAGGACUGCGCCGUGGAUGAGCGCUGCGUGGGCGCUCGCUGCCACGUGCAGUGCACCAAGGACCGCGAGUGUCCCGCCUCUGAGAUCUGCAUUCAGAACAUCUGCACGGUGGGCUGUCGCUCCGACUCUGACUGCGCCUCCAGCGAGACGUGCAUCAACAACUUCUGCAUGGACCCCUGCUCCAGCUCGACGGCCUGCGGCACGAACGCCCUCUGCUCCGUGCAGGCCCACGAACGUGUCUGCUCCUGUCGAGAGGGCACUCUGGGCAAUCCCUACGUGGAGUGCGUUCGCGAGCUGGACCGCUGCAAUGACCAGGGCCUUGUGUCGGUGAACAGCUGCGGCACUGGCCGUCGCUGCGAGUCCUCGUACUGUCGGAAGCAGUGCUUCACCGACGGCGAGUGCUUUGACAAUGAGAAGUGCCUCGACGGCCUGUGCAGCACCAUCUGCACCAAUGAUGACAUCUGCCCGAGCGGGUCCGUUUGCGAGGGCGGCCAGUGCGUCGGCGGCUGUCGCUCCGACGCCGAGUGUCCCUCCACUGACGCCUGCAUCAACCGGAAGUGCAUGGACGUGUGCUCCAGUCCGACAGCCUGCGGAACGGGCGCCGUCUGCAAGGCGGUCAACCACCAGCCCUUCUGCUCCUGUCCGCUCAAGUACACCGGCAAUCCCCGUAUUGCCUGCAAGCACAUGGAGUGCAUCGUCGACGUGGACUGUCCUGCCAACCAGAUCUGCCAAAACUACAAGUGCCAAGGAGGCUGUCGGGCGGACAACAACUGCCCGGACGGGGAGAGCUGCAUCAGCCUGCAGUGCAUCAAUCCCUGCAUGUUCACCGAUGUCUGCGGCGAAGGAGCCCACUGUCAGGCGGUCAGCCACCAGCCGGUGUGCUCCUGUCCAGUCAACUACGAGGGCAACCCGACCAUUCGAUGCUGGCAGAAGAUUCAGGAGGAGAUACCAUGCUCCAACGAUCGAGACUGUUCGUCAGAAAAGUUUUGCCUGCACAACCGAUGCAUUCAGCGAAGUGAGUGCCAAUCGGACAAGGAGUGCGCUGUCGGGCACAUUUGCAUCCAGGCCAAGUGCUUUGCUGGAUGUCGUCGAGACCCUGACUGUCCACUUGAUAUGUCCUGUCUGGCACAGCAAUGCCAAAAUCCAUGCAGCUUCCGCGGUGCAUGCGGCCUGAACGCCUUCUGUCUGCCUUUUGGCCACCAAGCCCGAUGCACCUGUCCGCCAAACUUCACCGGAAAUCCUGAAGUGGAGUGCCUAGAACUGCCAUCAUGCAGCAAGAACAGCGAAUGUCCAAUCGGCUACGUCUGCCAGAGCGGAAAGUGCCUCGCUGUGAGCGGCUGCGUCUCCGACAAUGAAUGUCGACCGACGGAGAUCUGCGAGAGUGGCCGCUGCAGUGAGGGCUGUCGCAGUAGCAGUGACUGCUCCUUCAAGAUGGCCUGCAUCAAUCGCCUCUGCCAGAACCCCUGCUCAAUGAAGAACUGUGGCGCCAAUGCCAACUGUGCGCCGAUCAACCAUGAGCCGGUGUGCCGUUGUCCAGAGGGCUACUCGGGCAAUCCGCUGGUGGGCUGUCAACUGGAGCAGGAGGAGUGUCAUCUUGACAAGGACUGUGGCCUAUCGAAGAUUUGCGUCUCUAGCCGCUGUCUGGUUGGCUGCCGAUCAGACGCCAACUGUCCCUUUGAAAAGACCUGUCUCAACCGAAAGUGUGCCGACCCGUGUACGGUUCCGGGCGCCUGUGGCUUCGGCGCCCUCUGCAAGUCGCUGAACCAUAAGGCCGAAUGUCAGUGUCCGCCAAACAACAUCGGCGAUCCGAAGAUUCACUGCGAGGAGAAUAAGGGCACUCUUGAGGUGGAGUGCACCGUGGACAGUCACUGCGGUCCGGGGAAGGUCUGCGACGCCCACUACUGCGUGCAGGUGGUGAAGCAGUGCCUCUACGACAACGCCUGCAACCCGGGCGACAUCUGCGACGAGGGCAAGUGCAUCAGCGGCUGUCGCUCUGACAAUGACUGCACCUUUGACCGUGCCUGCUACAACAGCAAGUGCAUCAACCCCUGCAGCGCCCAGACGCCCUGUGGUCUCAACGCCCAGUGUCAGCCAGUGCUCCAUCGACCGCAGUGCCGCUGCCCGCCCAGUUUUGAGGGCAACCCCUUUGACUACUGCAAACCGACUGCCACUCUGCCGCUGCUGCAGUGCACCAAGGACAGCCAGUGUCAGCUGGGACAGAUCUGCGAGGAGAACGCCUGCACGGUGGGCUGUCGCUACGAUGACACCUGUCCGCACGAUAUGACCUGUCUGUCGAAGCAGUGCGUCAACCCCUGUCACCACCCUGAGGCCUGCGGCAUCAAUGCCAUCUGCAGCUCAGUGGCACACCGUCCUCGAUGCUCCUGUCCGCCUGGCUACACCGGCGACGCCAACACUCUCUGCAGCGUCUCCGUGGUGCCCGUCUGUCUGCAGGAUAUCGACUGCGGAACGGGGCAGAUUUGCGAGAACAGCAAGUGCAUUGACGCCUGUCGAACCGAUGACACCUGCAGCUACACCAUGGCCUGCAUCAACCAGCGGUGUCAGGACCCGUGCAGCGUCUACCGAGCCUGCGGCCAGAAUGCCGUCUGUCGGUCGGAGAACCACCGAGCCCUGUGCAGCUGCCCGACCAAGGGCGGCGACCCCUUCACCGCCUGCGACCGCCAGGAGAUCAUCCAGACCACGGACUGCCAGGCGGACAACGAGUGUCCCUUUGGCCUCAUCUGCAACUUCAACUCCUGCGUCGUGGGCUGCCGAUCUGAUGACCACUGCGUACCGGACGAGUCCUGCAUCGGCGGACACUGUGUGAACCCCUGUGAGGCAUCAACAUCAGCCUGUGGUCUGCACGCCGUCUGCUCGGUGAACGCCCACCGUCCAGUGUGCUCCUGUCAUUCGGGCUUCAUCGGCGACCCGCAGGUGGAGUGCCGGCCGCUGUACGAGGUGAUUGAGUGCACGGAAGACUCGCAGUGUGGUCGUCGGCUGAUUUGCGAGCACUCCAAGUGCGUCAUUGGCUGCCGAGACAGCGCCGGCUGCUCGCUGGACGAGUCCUGCAUCAAUCGCAUCUGCCAGAACCCCUGCAGCCUCUUUGGCGUCUGCGGUCGCAAUGCCAUUUGUCGAGUGGCCGGCAACCACACGGCACUGUGCAGCUGUCCAGUGGGCACCAAGGGCAAUCCCAACGUCCUGUGCACGGAGGCGCCGCCGCAGUGUCUUCGCGACAGUGAGUGCAUCCUCGGGCAGAUUUGCGAGAACACGCAGUGCGUCACUGGGUGUCGUCACGAUAACAACUGUCCUGAAGACCGAACCUGCAUUCACGGCACCUGUCAGAAUCCCUGUCUGCUGCCCAACAGCUGCGGUCCGAAUGCCAACUGCCAGCCGUUCAACCACAAGCCUCGAUGCGAGUGCAUUCACAACUAUCGCGGAAAUCCAUUCGAACUUUGCGAGCCAAUUCCCGACGACUACUGCGAACAGGACCAGGUUUGUGCACUGGGCAAAAUCUGCGAGAACAACCGCUGCAUUGAGGGCUGUCGAAAUGACGCCAACUGUCGCUUUGAAGAGUCCUGCCUCAACAAACAGUGCCAGAACCCUUGUCAGCUUUUCGGCGCCUGUGGCCUGAACGCUCUCUGCAAACCACUCAAUCAUGAUCGCAUCUGCACCUGCGUUCCCGGCUUCACUGGGGAUCCACGGGUGCAGUGUGAACGCAUCCUCCCACCACCUGAGUGCACUUCCGAUUCACAGUGUCCACAGGAGCACGUCUGCCAGAGCCAGCGUUGUAUCUAUGGCUGUCGAUCAUCCUUCAACUGUCCCACCGACAAGACCUGCAUCAAGGAGAAGUGCGUCAAUCCGUGCAGCCAGAGUGGAGCCUGUGGAAAGAACACCCUCUGCACACCAUCAAAUCACGUGUCGAUCUGCAGCUGCCCAAGUGGUUUUAGAGGCGAUCCGAAUAUUGAGUGCAAAGAAAUUCCACCUGAAUGUCGCUCAGAUGAUGACUGUGGUUUGGAGAGGAUCUGCUUGAAACAGAAGUGUAUUGCUGGCUGCCGAAUGCACAGCAACUGUCCCUUUGAUAAGGCAUGCGUCAAUGGCCAGUGUCAGAGUCCGUGCAACAUUGGCGGAAUGUGCGGCGUCAAUACGAUCUGUCGUGCUGAACGUCAUGAGGCACAGUGCUCUUGUCUGGCUGGAUACACCGGAGAUCCGCUGAAGCAGUGCGUCAAACUGACACUGCAGUGCGAGGAGAACAAAGACUGCGGCAAUGGUUUCGUUUGCGCUAACAACGUUUGCAAAGAUAUCAACGAGUGUCUUCAGGAGCGAGUCCCCUGUGGCCCGGGCGCCAGCUGUACCAACUUGGAGGGCUGGUUCAAGUGCUCCUGUCCAAUGCCACUUGUUGGCGAUCCCUACGGACCAUUUGGAUGUCGAUCUCCGCUGCCCAUCUGUUUCCAUGACGCCGACUGCAAGUCUGACCAGAAGUGCAAUCCAGUCACGCAGGAGUGUUAUGACAUUUGCUCUAAACCUGGCGUUUGCGGCAAGGGUGCCCUCUGUAAGGCGGACAACUACCGUGCUGAAUGUCAGUGUCCAAAUGGCUACCGAGGCAAUCCGCAUGUCGAGUGCACUAUUCGCGACUCAUGUGUUAGCGACAAUGACUGUCCUGGAAAUCUGAAGUGCCUGGGCGAAUACUGCGACUCAUGUGUUAGCGACAAUGACUGUCCUGGAAAUCUGAAGUGCCUGGGCGAAUACUGUGGUUGUCCGAAGCAUCUACAGCAAACGUCCACCUUCUGCAUUGCUCAAUCUCUCAACUGCUCUUCCACUCAGCCUUGUCCGGCAAAUCAGGAGUGCGUCGUCCUGGCUGGCGUCACCAAUCUGCACAGCAUCAACUCUGCCUCUGGCAUUUGCACCUGCCCACGAGGCUACGCACUGACCCUGGACGGAAGCUGCAAGGACAUUGACGAAUGUGAACUGAACCCUAAUCUGUGUGGAGUGGGCGCCACUUGCACCAACCAGGCGGGCGGCUACAAGUGCUCCUGUCCAUUCGGCGGCGAUCCUUACGGCGGUGGCGGGUGUGCAGGCGAGUACCGAGAGGGCUGUCUGCAGAAUAGCGACUGUGAGCUGGACAAAGCUUGCAUCGACGGCAAGUGCAUCAACGCCUGUCUGGAGAACAGCUGUGGUCAGAAUGCCGUCUGCUCGGUGAAGAACCACCAGAAGGAGUGCAACUGUCGACCGCUCUUCUUCGGCGACCCGUACACCAUCUGCCGAAAGCCGGUCGGCUGUCUCUCUGAUUUGAACUGUCCGGGCAAUCUCGUCUGUCUGGCUGACCAGGAGUGCGGUUGUCCGGAGGGACACCAGCGACAAAUGGACUACUGCAUUA